ACAAGUCUAUCUAAGUUUCAAAUUUCUAUUUAAAUAGAAAUAAAAUUGCUGAAAUAAUUUUGAAACAUUUACCAUCGGAAAACUCGAAAAUACGUACAUAUAUUUUCUAUACCAUAAAACUCUUUUAGCGAAAUAAUUAAAACCAAAAUGAAUACUAACGAUACAAAGGAACAAACUCAAUAUGAAACAUCAUCUAGCGAAAGCAACGUGCCAUUUAUACCCAUAACACCCAAAUCAUCUGAAGAAGCUUCCUAUAAAGAACAGCGACCUCAAAAUAACAAGCCAGUGGCCACAAAAACCAUGAUGCAACGAGCCAUAAAAGCUUUAUCUACAAACUCACGCAAAGGUUUCUCGCUUGCCGGUAUACGGAAAUAUAUUUUGCAGAAUUUCUUACACACUGCAGGUGAUCUGAAGCACCGCAUGCCUUUUAUGAAAAAAUUCUUUAAGGCUGCGCUGGAAACGGGUGAGGUAGUGAGCGUUAAGGGGACUGGUUUAACUGGUUCAUUUAGAGUUCCUCCGACAAGUCCGUUGCAUGAAAAUGCCAAAAAAAACAAAGAGCAAAAUGAAAAGAAAUUAAAGAAAAAAACUGCAAAGACAAUUGUAAAGCAGCUCAAGACAAUGCGGGGUCCAGCUCUCAAGCCUAAGAAAGUAAAAAAAGUCAAACGGAUAUUUUCAGCCCAAAUGUGAAUCAUGUUAUUUUGUUUAAUCAAGUUUUUUAUUUUUAAUAAAAUCAUUAUAUUUUUAUACGUUUAAAUCA